CAAAAGGCACGUGAGGCACGCUUGUUUUAUCCGCGGUUAUCGGAUACCAUUUUCAGUUGGAAUAAACUAGAAAUCGGGCCAGUACUGUAUAUAGUUAAUGAAUAUAUUCUAGGAGUCCUCUGUCCCGUUAAGCAUCAUCCAUAAUCUGGUCCUUUCUCUCUGUAGCAGAUUGUUAUAGGCGCCGGACUGGUCUUGAACCAAUGGCAGCGGCGCACAACGGGAUGACGUGAGCGCAGUGGCAAUUCAAAGUCAUUAGAUAUAGCACUCCGAUGAAAUUCACGGAACCGCGUUCACAUUUUGUACAAAAUUUACGGAGUACGGCAAUUUAGACAUCCGGUUGAAUUUUGAUUUGCUGCCUCGUUGAAUAACGCUUUGCCUAUUUCGGCCUUCAUUACACUUUUGUUUUUCUUGGCGCAACCUAUACCUCCCGAUGGCGUCGUGGAUUGCUACAUGGAUUAUUUCAGUAUUUAUUGUGGCGACUCUCAUUGAAAAGGGUUUUCUCCUGAUGUGCUAUGAGUGUAUCAGUGUCGAAGACCCCAAAUGUGCAGAUCCGUUCGACCCUUGGCGAUUCCGAGCGGUCAUGUGUCACGGGACCAAAAACAAGUGCGCCAGCCAGCGUCAGAACCAAUCGGGUAGUACCGAUUCUGGUCAAAUCAUCGCGGUGCAGCGCGGAUGUUACAAAGUCGGCCAAGUCCCCCAGCUGAACGACACGGACGGCUGCCGGGAGUGGACCCACCCAAUCACAGCGUAUACCGCCACGUAUUGCUUCUGUGGGACAGAUCUUUGUAAUGGAGCUCCUUCAAUAAAUGUCAGUCGUAUAAAUGUUUACUGUUGCAUACUGUUACAGGCACUGUUUGCGCUUGCGUUCUUGUGGUCGUGAUGGUUUAAUGUCAAUUUGUCAUGUUGUUGUAAUAGUAAUCUGAACAAUGACUUUACGAUUAUGAAGUGCGCAUUUUUAUAUCUUUCUGGAAUAUAGACCAGUAAAUAGUUCACCACUGUAUUGCAAUUGUUAGAGAUAGUCCUAAUUGUAUGAUGUACUGUACUGCACAUAAACCUGUAUUAUUUUACUUUUAAAUACUACUAUUAUAACUGACAGAUGAAAGUCCCUUAUAGCGGAAGAGACGCGUAUCAAAGGUUGGCGGUGUUGUUGGUGGCGCUAUUGCAGAUAUUCUCUGCAGCCAUAACCUAUUGGCUCCAGAGGCAGCCUGCACACUGGCCUUUAAGAAGACCAGCCCAGGGACCAACCUGACCAUGUAGGCAGCAGGAGCGAUGGCAUCGACUUAGUCUUUUAGUGUUGCAAAGGCCUGGGUUGCAGUGUAUUCUUUCUCACUACAAGGUUUCAUCUUGUAACGACUCAACAGUUUAGGUAAUAGAUUGUCUUAGUCUUAUUUCUGGAGUAUAUAACCUCCUUCCUAACGGCCAUUGUAGUAAACCUGGUGUCCAAUAAAAUUGUCAGAAUGUCGCUUUUAA